CCUGAAUAAUCAAUAUGGCAUCUAAACUUAAUUUUUCCGGACAUAUUGAAGGCCCAAAUGGACUUCUUUACGUUGAACGAGAAGGAAACCCUGCCGGCCCAUCAAUCUUAUUCGUUCACGGGCUAGGAGGAACCACCAAUGCCUACCAAACGCUAGUUUCCGGCCUAGAAGAAUUUGAUCUAGUCCGAUUUGAUUGGAGCGGCCAUGGCCGCAGCGCUGUUCCAAAAUCAACAAGCAUCGACUUGUAUGUUGAUGACUGCAAAGCGGUGGUUUCACACUUUGGACUCAACCAUGUUAUCCUCGCUGGACAUUCAUUAGGAUGUCUUAUCUGUCUUCACCUAGCCUCCAAGAUACCACAUGCCAUUGCAGCGCUUGUAUUAUUUGGACCUGUCUGCCCGCCGCCUAUAGAUAGCCAAGAUGCCUUAGCUAGUCGUGCUGCGGCAGUCAGACAGGGCGGGAUGGGGUCUGUUGCAGACGCGGUCAUUUACAAUGCCUUUGCUAUCAGAUCCUUGAGAGAGCGACUAGGAGAAGUCGCACUGGCGAGGGAAAUGUUGACUCGGCAGCAUCCUGAAGGUUAUGCAUUGGCUAUCGAGGCACUGAAAGACAGUGCUGCCCCUCGACUGAAUGGUAUUGUUGCACCUACAAAGAUCUUAUCAGGCGAAGAAGACAAGGUUUCGACCGUGGAAACUGGCAAGUCUCUCGCCAGUGGCAUAGGUGAACACGCAGAGCAGAUUUUACUCCCUGGCGUUGGCCAUUGGCACAUGUUAGAGGCUUCUGCUAAAUGCAUAGAGAUUAUAAAGAGCUUGGUUAUGUAACUUAUCCUUGACAUAAAGAGCAAUCAUAAGACUUGAGAUAACUAGAUCGUUGGUCGUUCUGAAGUCAUAGGUUUAGGUAAGAGGGUGGUUCGAAGGAGAGCUAGAGAGUGUGAUAUUAUUUAAUGACAAGUAGC